AUUUAAAUUUUACGUAACUUUAAGCUGUUUUCCGACAUAACCGUUAAUGAGCAACGUUGCAAAAUUGAAUUAUAGUAUAAAGUUUUGUCACAAAAUGUAUUAGCGCUAGUGUUUGUUAUGACGUUCAGUCUAUUUUGGGCCUGCAAAUAUUUAGGCCGAAUUGUGUCCAAAGGUUAAGGUUUUGGAUGUGAUUUAACAGUUUGAGCGGUUAACGCUGACCCUCCCUCGGCUUGCGAAGCUCUGACAUGGAUGAAUUGAAGCACAGAGCUGGUGAAAAACUCGAAGCACUGCAUGUAGCUGCCAAAACUGCGGCUGAUAAUGGAAAGUCCCGAGUUCAGGAUGUCGUCCAGACUACAGUGGAAGCUAUACAAAAGAUCCGCGAGGCGUUCCACAGCGUCUGGCACAACGAGCUGAUCGCGGAGGGUCGCGAGCGCGUCGCCGCCUGGUCCGAGGAGGCCGUGCGUCGCAUCCGUGAGGGUGCUCCGCCCUUGUCGCCCGUACUGCUGUAUGAGGAGCUGGUGGCGUUGUGGCAGGAUAGAGUAUGGCGCCGCAGCAUGUUGAUAUUCGCGUGCGGCGCAGUGGUGGGCGGCAGUGCGGGCGUGCUCAUCGGGCUGCGCCUCGCCCGCCGCGCGCCCGCCGGCCCGCACGCGCGCUCGCUGCACUCGCAGGCCGACCAGUCUGUUAUACUGGUCGAAGACGCCGUGGCACCGGGUGCUGGCACAGGCGAAGUUCUAGUCCGUGUGCAAGCGUUCAGCAUCUGCACGGUAGACCGGGGAGCGCUGCGCGGUCGAGCUCACCUGCUGCGCUCGCUGCUGUACCGCGGCCAUGUCACCGUGGGCAGGGGGUUCGCGGGUGUUGUACUGGACGUCGGGCAAGGCGUCACAGACUUGGAGAUGGGUGAUGAAGUGUGGGGUUGUGUCAGUGAAUGGGCCGGAGGAGCGGCCACUGAAUUGUUGACUAUACGUAGUACUCGAGUGAGCAAGCGUCCCCGCGGCAUGGCGGCUGACACGGCAGCAUCCAUGCCCUGGGCGGGGGGCGAAGCCCUAAUAGCGCUGCGAAAGCUCGCCUACACACCUGAGAAUAGUAAGGGAAAACGCGUGGCAGUAUGCGGCGCGGCGAGCGGGGAGGGCUGCGCGCUGGUGCAGCUGCUCAGCACGUGGGGCGUGCACGUCACGGUCGUCGCGCCACGACACGCCGCGCUUACGUUGAAGGAUCUGGGCGCGCAGGACUUCGUGGAUAUCGAGGGUAACCGCGAGACGGGCGCGUGGUCGAGCCUGGAGGCGCGGGCGCGGCGCACGGGCCCGUGGGACGCCGUGCUCGCCUGCGCCGCCGCAGAGGUGCCGCCAGCCGCGCUCGCUAAUAAACCUGCGCUGCUCAAGGCGACAGCGCCGCGCAGAGCGUUCCUGGACAUCCGGCCGGGCCCGAUGAUCACCGACCGCCUGCCGACGCCAUUCGCUAUCAUAUUUGCCACAUCAUUUUAUACGUACAGGGUCCUAAGGUGGCUGGUAGGCUGUGGAUCACACACAGACUGGCUAGAGGACAGGUUCAGACUGCGAGAGGGACUGGACACGCUCACCAAGCUCGUGGAACGUGGGGCAUUGGCGCCUAUACUUGAUAAGGUGUAUCUGCCACAAGAGUUCGAGAGUGCACUAGCACACGCGUGCAGCGACGAUGCAAUCGGCACUUCAGUCAUACGCUUCCCGUAGUAUCUACUCUUACUCUUCCUGGUGCCCUGGUAUCCAGUCAAAGGAACUAUGAAUAUUUGGCCCUGAGCUACCAGGGCCUCAUAACCCCUAAGCUGUAUAUAGGAACCUAAAUGUAAUGUUCCUGUGGAAUGUUGUUCCUAAUUUUUAUAUAGGAAAGUGUGUUUGAAUAUUUGAUCGCAUGUGAAGUCAAUCAUGAAGUCUUUAUUCCUUCUUUAGGUUUAUUUUUGUUCUUCAUUUUAAUGCCAGUAACUCUUUGAAAGGAAAUUAUAUUUUGGAAUUAAUUUACUUUCAAUCUUUCUAUCAAAUGUAUUUAUCAUGUUUUUUUUGUUUGAUUGUAUGGCAACACAUGAAUUUACAUCAACAUUUUGCCAGCUGUGAAAUUUUUUAUUACCUAUAUACGUUGGUUAUUUUUAAAGAUUUUAAAUAUUUGUUUACUUUUUAAGUAUUAUUUUAAUAUACCCUUUUAUUUACAUGAGGGUGGAAAUAAAACAUUUAAAAAACUGUGUCUCGAAGUAAAACAAAACCCACCAAGCGUCACAACAUCUCAAGACUGUAGAAAUAUGAACAGAUCUGUAAAUAAUGUAAAUACAUUACUAAAUAUACGUUACUAAAUCAAAUAGGUGCUCAAAUGUACAUAGAAACAAUAAGAUUUUAUAUUCAAUUUAUUGAAAUCCAAAAGAUUGCAAAAUAAAAUAAAUAAUAUAAAAAUUAAAAGACACCAAAAUGUUCGCCAUUUUUAAAUAGUCUACAGCUUUUUAUGUAGUCCUAGUACAUUUUGAUAGUGCAAAGCAAACAAAUGUAUUUAAUACUUAUUUUAUUGCAUUAUUGAAGUACUACUUCCAUUAACCAAAAUAUACUGUUUUUAAGUGCCAUUUAUAUUAGAAGCCAAUAAAUGUCUAUAUCUUUACAAUAAUUUACAAUAAACUUGAUAGACUGAAAUUUUACACAACUGUAGUCGAAGAACAUUCAUACAUACUUAAAAAUGCAUUUUAUAAACACGAAAGGCAACUCGAAAGUAAAAGAUGUAUGUUUUUUAAGUUGCUGGAUAUAUUUUAAUGCAUUUUUCAUACACGUUUUAAGUAUUCAUAAAUCAGAAGUUCCUGCUACAUUGUAAUGAUAUAGACAUUUUAGGCUGCCGAAUAAUUAUUUGUAACUAUCGGCCGAAUACUGAAUGUCACUUAAUUUUAAGAGCUGCUUAAUCAUAUCUCUGUCACUUCUUCCUCCUGCCCUGUUCCCAAUUUUAUUUGGGGUCGGCGCAAUAUGUCAUCCUCUUCCAUUUUUCGCUGUCAUUCGUCAUACUGACACUCAUUCCCUUCCUAUUCAUUUCAUCUUUCAGGCAAUCUAUCCACCUUUUCUUAAGUCCUCCUCUUUCUCUCCAUCCAUCUACUUACGUAAAUUACCGUGACAGAAAUACUAUUAAGUAAGACUUAAAGUUAAGUAAAAUUUGAGUAUUUCGUUGUAUACCAGACAAAUAUCUCAAUAACUUACUUGUAUCUGAUUGUACCGACCUCAAUAACUCGUCCAAAGGUAGAUAGGUGAACUAACUUAAAUUGUAAUGUAGAUAGAUAAAUGUUAUUUUAAAAUAUAAAUGUUGUUAAAUA